AAACGACAUCGAUCUCAAAUUUCAAUUUCAGAAAAAAACAAGCCAAUGAAAACGCCCACCCCAUUUCUCCGCCUUCUUCUUCUCCUCCUCUCUCGCCGGCCAUCAAAUUUUUGUCUCAUGCACUUAAACAGAAUCUCUUGACCUCAUCACUACCACUACUCUCCAAAAUGCCACCAAUCUACUUCUCUAUAAACCCUGCCAUCUCUCCUCAUCACCUAAGGACUAAGGUUUCUCACUCUCUCUCUCCAUGGCCUCUCUGCUUCCCGCCAUUUUUAUCUUCUUCGCGUUCUCUAUCCUUUCCUUAGUUCAGUCAUCGACGAUCGGCGUCGAUUACAUUUCGCGCCUUUUGGAAAUCCAGGAACGCGAGCGAGCUCCUCCUUCAGUCCAAUUAGCCUCAGCUCGUGGCGUUCUUCAAAGAUUGCUUCCUUCUCAUUCUUCGGGAUUCGAGUUUCGAAUAAUCUCCAAGGAGCACUGUGGUGGGCAGUCUUGCUUUAUUAUAAAAAAUAAUCCUUUUUAUACUAGACCUGGGACUCCAGAAAUUUUAGUUUCUGGAGUCACUGGAGUGGAAGUGUUAGCUGGUUUGCAUUGGUACUUGAAGUAUUGGUGUGGUUCACAUAUAUCUUGGGACAAAACUGGUGGUGCUCAACUAAAUUCAAUACCUAAGUUAGGUUCUCUUCCCCGUGUUCAAGAUUCUGGUGUCUUAGUUCAGAGACCCAUUCCUUGGAAUUAUUACCAGAAUGCUGUUACUUCUAGUUAUACUUUUGCAUGGUGGGACUGGAAAAGAUGGGAAAAGGAAAUUGAUUGGAUGGCUUUCCAAGGUAUCAACUUGCCAUUAGCAUUUACUGGGCAAGAGGCUAUUUGGCAAAAAGUUUUUAAGCAGAAAUUUAAUGUAAGCAAGGUAGAUCUGGAUGAUUUCUUUGGAGGUCCUGCAUUUCUCGCAUGGUCACGUAUGGGAAACUUGCACAGAUGGGGUGGACCACUGCCACAAAGUUGGUUAGAUCAACAACUAAUUCUGCAGAAAAAAAUUCUUACAAGGAUGUAUGAGCUUGGGAUGAAUCCAGUCCUUCCUGCCUUCUCUGGAAAUGUUCCUGCAGCAUUAAGAAAUAUAUUUCCAUCAGCAAAGAUAACACGCUUGGGAAAUUGGUUUACAGUUAAAAGUGACCUUAGAUGGUGUUGCACCUAUCUUCUUGAUGCAACAGAUCCGUUAUUCAUUGAGAUUGGAAAGGCAUUCAUUGAGCAACAGUUGAAAGAAUAUGGAAGGACAGGCCACAUAUAUAAUUGUGACACUUUUGAUGAGAAUACUCCACCCAUUGAUGAUCCAGAGUACAUCUCUGCAUUAGGUGCAGCAGUCUUUAAGGGAAUGCAAAGUGGCGAUAAUGAAGCUGUCUGGUUGAUGCAGGGGUGGCUGUUCUCAUAUGAUCCUUUCUGGAGACCUCCACAAAUGAAGGCACUUCUACAUUCUGUUCCUGUGGGGAGGCUGGUGGUCCUUGAUCUGUUUGCUGAAGUAAAACCCAUAUGGAUUACAUCAGAGCAGUUUUAUGGCAUUCCUUACAUCUGGUGUAUGCUACACAACUUUGCAGGAAAUGUAGAGAUGUAUGGAAUUUUAGAUUCAAUAGCUUCUGGACCAGUUGAAGCUCGAAUAAGUCAAAACUCAACAAUGGUUGGUGUUGGAAUGUCAAUGGAAGGUAUAGAACAGAACCCUGUUGUUUAUGAUCUCAUGUCUGAAAUGGCAUUUCAACAUAAUAAAGUUGAUGUCAAGGCAUGGGUUGAUCUAUAUUCAACAAGGCGUUAUGGUCGAUCAGUUAUGUUAGUACAAGAUGCAUGGAAUAUACUCUAUCACACAGUUUACAAUUGCACUGAUGGUGCUUAUGAUAAAAACAGGGAUGUAAUCGUAGCAUUCCCCGAUGUUGAUCCAUUCUUUAUCUUAGCACGGCAGAAGCAGCAGCAGCACAGCAGCAAACAUGUAGCAAGAAGAGCAGUCAUGAAUGAAAAUUCUGAUUCAUAUGAUCACCCCCACCUAUGGUAUUCAACUUCUCAAGUUUUACGUGCACUAGAACUUUUCAUCACAAGCGGGGAGGAACUAUCAGGAAGCAACACUUUCAGCUAUGACUUGGUUGACCUGACAAGACAAGCUUUGGCAAAAUAUGCAAAUGAGCUGUUCCUGAAAGUAAUAGAAUCCUACCAGUCAAAUGAUGCCAAUAUGGUUGCUUCCCUGAGCCAGAAGUUUCUGGAUCUUGUUGAAGAUAUGGAUACUCUCUUAGCAUGUCAUGAGGGGUUUCUUCUAGGUCCCUGGUUAGAAAGUGCAAAGCAACUUGCCCGAGACAACGAACAAGAAAGACAAUUUGAAUGGAAUGCAAGGACCCAAAUAACUAUGUGGUUUGACAACACAGAGGAUGAAGCAAGUCUUCUUCGUGACUAUGGGAACAAGUACUGGAGCGGUCUCCUGCUAGAUUAUUACGGCCCCAGAGCGGCUAUAUAUUUCAAAUACUUAAUAAAUAGUUUAGAGACUGGACAAGGUUUCCAAUUGCAGGAUUGGAGGAGAGAAUGGAUAAAACUGACAAAUGACUGGCAGAAAAGUCGGAACAUAUUUCCAGUGAAGAGCAAUGGAAAUCCUCUCAUUAUAUCCAAAUGGCUCUACGAUAAGUACUUGCGCAGCUCCGAUACAUAUGAUCAGUAAGUGGAGCUGCCAUAUCUAUGACUUCUUUGAUAAGGUCAUAAUCGUGCCCUUUAUUUUUAGGUUCAGUUGGACAAAGAAAUUAAUGCAUUGGAUGAACUACAUUAUUUCUUUUAAAUGAUAAACCCUUCUAGAAUGAAGACAGAAAAGUCUAUGUUAGAUAGGUUAUUUUGAAAAAUGAGGUGUCAUGUUAUGAAACAAGAAGUUUCUUAUCUGCAAAAGAAAAUUAAAUCUCUAUUUUCAUUUUAGUUUGAACAAGAAAUGUUUAUUUAAUAGAAGUAAAAGAAAGGAGGAAAGAUAGAAAAGGAAAGAAAAAAUGGUGAGUCAAGAAGUUGUGGCUCUGAUCCGUGGAACAGUGCAAGGGAAUGUCAAACUUUGACUUUCCCCUACCAGGAAGGAAGCAGCUAAAAGACGGCACUUUUAUUAUUUUACAAAAGGAUUGCACAUGCGUCGUCGUAUAGCCCUGAGUAAUUUUCGCUGGCACGCGUAGAGCGGUGAGCCAAUGAAGCUUCUAGGCUUGUAAUAUGUUGUGGGGUCUAAAAAAUCAGAAAUUAAAUGAUAAAAAAAAA